GGCGUUAGGGAGGAAUAGUGACAGAGAGGCUGCUGCGGGCCUAGAGAGGGGCUGCUGGGAGUUGUAGUCCUACAGCAUCCUGUCUGCUUGUUGCAGCGUGUGCUCAGUGACAUAAAGCGACAUAAUCUAGCUGGCAAGGCUCAGUGACUGCGCAGCCUAUACUAAAUAAGCUCCAGGGACCUCGGUGCAGUCACCGGCUUCUUGGAUGUAGCAGCUGUACAUAAAGGAUACAUAAGUGCUGCCUAGAGAAGACUGCAAUAUGGAGGUCAGUAAGAAGCUCCUGAACUCUAUCCCUGGCUGUGUUGAUGACGUUCUACACGGCAUCACAUGUUGCUCCCCAGGGCUACGUGUAUUGCAGGGUCACCGUGUCGUUCUGCGCGCAGAUCUGGAUCGUAUAAAGGGGCGUGUAGCGCUGCUCUCUGGGGGGGGUUCAGGACAUGAACCAGCACAUGCAGGUUACGUAGGUCAUGGAAUGCUCACUGGGGUCAUUGCUGGGCCGGUCUUCACGUCACCUCCAGUUGGAAGCAUUGUAGCUGCAAUUAGGACAGUAGCACAAGCAGGAGCAGCGGGCGUUCUGUUGUUAGUGAAGAAUUACACAGGUGACCGUCUUAAUUUUGGUUUGGCUCUCGAGCGUGCACGAAGUGAUGGAGUGGAAGUGGAGAUGGCAGUGAUUGCAGAUGAUUGCGCCUUCAUCUCCCCUCGCAAGGCUGGACGCCGUGGCUUGUGCGGCAUCGUCCUGAUUCAUAAGAUAGCCGGAGCUCUCGCUCAGGAAGGAAAAAGUUUGCAAGAAAUUGUAUCCGUUGUGAAGUCAGCUGCUGCUGGAAUUGGUACGUUAGGGGUUAGUCUCUCUCCAUGCAGUGUGCCAGGCUCUGGACCCACCUUUCAACUUGCCGCUGAUGAACUAGAGCUUGGACUAGGAAUACAUGGUGAGGCCGGAGUACAGAGAUACAAGAUGGCGUCUUGUAAUGAAGUUGUGAAGAUUAUGGUAACACACAUGACAAACCAGGCUAGCCAGUCAAAGGUGAACAUACAGCCAGGUGACUCCAUUAUCAUCAUUGUGAAUAAUUUGGGUGGUUUAUCGUGUCUGGAGCUACAGGUCGUCGCCAGCUCAGCUGUACGUUUACUGGAGGAGCGGGGGUUCCUAAUAAUGCGCGCAAUGACCGGAUCCUUUAUGACGGCUCUUGAGAUGAGUGGCGUCUCCCUUACCCUAAUGAAGACAUCACCGGAAAUUCUGCGCCUCUUUGAUGUGGACACAUCUGCUCCUGCUUGGCCCAGAGUCCCACCUGUUCCUGUGACAGGCCAGACACGCACCUUCUCCUGUGCUCCUGAAAGCACGCAGCCAAUGGAAUCGCAGCGUGACGCUGUGUGUGUGCAGGUCUACAGCUGCGUGCUUGGAUGUGUGUGCAGCUCUCUUCUAGCUCUGGAGGAGGAGCUAAAUGAUUUGGACCGUGCCGCUGGGGACGGGGAUUGCGGGAGUACACAUGCAAGAGCAGCUCAUGCCAUCAGGGAUUGGAUAAGCAGCGGACAGCUUCCCUCUAACCCAGCACGUUUCCUUACAUCGCUGUCACACGUACUUCUGGAGAAAAUGGGGGGCACUUCUGGCGCGCUGUACAGUCUUUUCCUGAUGGCGGCAGCUAAGCCCUUGCAGGGUGAGUCAGGCCCACAAGCCUGGGCAGCAGCUAUGGAUGCUGGGAUAGAGGCCAUGAAGAGAUAUGGCGGAGCGGAGCCUGGUGACAGGACAAUGUUGGACUCUCUUUGUGCUGCCAAUGGUGUCCUUCAGUCUCUGCGGACCCAGCACUCUGAUGCCAUGGAGAUCCUAGGUUGCGCAGUGAAGAGUGCUUCCGAUGCUGCAGAAGAAACAAAACACAUGUUAGCUGGGGCUGGCAGGGCCAGCUACAUCGGAUCGUCCACCCUCAGCCGGCCGGAUCCCGGGGCUAAAGCUGCUGCAGCCAUCCUGCGGGCAAUAUGGGAGGGCUUGAAGGAAAGUUCUUCUCAAAGAAAAUAAUUCUUACAUAGAGGUUUUCCCCCUUCAAAGCAGCACAAUAUAUUUAAUUAUAUCCAAAUCCUGAUUAUACUCUCAGGUGUAAAGAUGACCCAAGCAACUUACACUGUAUGCAUCAGAUCCUUAAUGUAUUCUUGUAGAGCUGAUUUUCAAACGUGCUAUAGGUUUAAACCAGUUAUUACCCAGUUUUGUUAUAUCAUUGUUAUUUCCAAUUAUAAAGCGCAACAGAAUUUGCUGCACUAUAUAAGAAACUGUUAAUAAAUAAAUAAACAUACUGUACAUCACUUCGCUUAUCUCAAAAUAUCUUCCAACCCGACCUCUUCAAUCUUCACAAGAUCUACACUCAUUACUCGCUCCCACUCACGAUUGCAGGACUUUCUUCGGGCUGCACCCACUCGGUGGAAUGCUCUACCACGCUCAAUAAGACUCUCCUCUAGUCUCCAAACCUUCAAGCGUUCCCUGAAAACUCGCCUCUUCAGGCAAGUUUAUCAAAUUCCAGAACCGCCCACAUAAUAACUUUCAUAAACAUUCCUAUCAAAUUGCAUCCACUCUAUACAGUCCACACAUAUCCUCACAUGUCUUCUCAUUCUUCACUUUCCCUUUCACCCGACCCUGGUUCAUCAUUGCUGUGUGACCAUAUCAUACUGCCCACCAAGAACCUUUGCAAUCUGGUGGACAACUAUGCAAUAGAUAGGCAUGAAUACACAAAUAUAGGUGCUAUUUCCCUAUAGAUUGUAAGCUAGUGAGCAGGGCCUUUCUCCCUCUAUGACUGUUUGUAAUUACUCAGAUUUGUUAUAUCAUUGUUAUUUCCAGUUGUAAAGCGCAACGGAAUUUGCUGCGCUAUAUAAGAAACUGUCAAUAAAUAAUAACUAGUGCAAGCAAGGCAAUGACAGCGAAUGUCUGGCUGCUGUAGAUUACUGCACAUUUGCAUUUUGUACUUUUGGUUGAUAAAUAACAUACACAGUUAAAUAGUGUGUGAUACUGAAGAUAGAUAGAUAGAUAGAUAGAUAGAUAGAUAGAUAGAUAGACAUUAAAAAGAUAGACAGUCAAAAGGUCGACACACACAAAAAUGUGGGUGUUUUGUGUUUUUAAAUUUUUUUUACCCCAAUUUAUUGAAAUGUGUUCACUUGCCACACUUUGGGCAUGGUGGCUUACUACACUUCACUCACCACAAGGUUACUAAUGGUGAUAGUUUGUGACAUGGAUAGUCAAUUUGAUGAAAUGCGUCCCAACCACUUCCCCAGUUAAUGCUAAUAAAGAUGGAUUACGAAACUGUAAAAUAUAUGGCUCCACAGUUUAAA